GAAGAAACAAAAUUCUAACUUAGAUAACUAAUCCUUUUUCCUCUUCAAAAAAUUCCUUAAUCUCCGAUUUUCCUACCACCUGUCUCAAAUAGAGCAUUCAACCGCCUUGCGCCCGCGUGGUCAAGAUGCCCGCUCCCGACGAUACUCUCGCUGAUCUCGAGCAUCAACGCCUCGAGCUCGAGAAGAACGUCCGCCAGCUCGAGCAAUCGCUCUAUCACUGGCGCCUCUGGGAAGCCGAGUACGACGCGCUCAAGGAAGAAAUCAGCUCACUCAGCGACGACAGCACCAAGGCUGAUCUUCUCAAAAUCAGUCGCGAAUUUGACGCCUCCCUCGUCACAGAAGAUGAAAUCAAAGUUCUCCUCGGGGAGAGACAGGGCGUGUCGCGAACAAAAGAGCAAAUCGUGCAGUUGAUCUCACGACGGAUCGAUUACGUGAAGCAGAACGUCUCGACUGUGGAGAAGAGACUACGCGCAGCGGAGGAUAAGCGCGAUGCGUUACUUUCUGGAGAACAGCCUGAUAUGAUGGCUAAGGAGGGGGAAGAAUAUGCCAUGACGGAGAUCGUGGAGGAGCUGGAUGAGGAGGGUAGGGUUAUUGCUAGUUCUACUUCCACGCCUGGAAAGGAGGCUCCUGAGCUUUUGGAAAUGUUGAAGAAGGCGGGUAUUAAGGAUAUACCGGCUAAGCCCGGGGCAGCUACGGAAGUAUCUGGGGAGGGAAAGAAAUCUACGGACAAGGAGAAGGAGAAACAGGGGACUCUUGACCAUAAGAGUAAGAGUCAAGCAGAGGAUGAAGCGAGGAAGUCAAGUCCUGAAAAGGUUGAAGAGAAAGAGAGUACUGUGGAUCAACCGAAACCAGCCCCGUCGCAAACAAAUGGGGUACAUGCGGGGGCUGAUAGCAAAUCUACGUCUACUAUUGCCGAGAGCGUGAAGGAACGAGAGGAGCGCCUGAUUCCUGUCACAGAUGUUGAUGAGCCUCCAGAAGAUGCCAAGCUGCGCCGGGAGAUGCUCGCGUACGGGCUCAACGAAGUCGGGGCUGUCGUUGCAGAGCUAGAGCUUGACGAAGACGGCAGUGAGAUCUCAAUUGACGACGACUAUGAUUCAUACUACUAUGACUCUGAAGAGGAAGAGGAUGAAUAUGGCCGAACUACCUCUAAAGUUCUCACUGAAGAGUACCACCAGCAGAUGCGGGAGCUCGAGAGGAAGCUGAAUGCACGCGGCAUGCAGAAUAUUGGUCGUGAUACCAGCUCCCUACCGGAGGAAUUGAGACGGGACCUCGAGGAGCCGAUGGUCGUCAAGGUCCAGAAGGAACAGGAACCUGAAGAGAAGACGAAGAAACCGAAGAAGAAGGUCAUGUUUGCGGACAAAUUAGACAUCGCGCCAGAGCCGGAGCCUGCAGCCAAGGUCGAGGAAAAGAAAAAGACCGCGCCGAGGGCACCAGAGGUUAAUCCGAUGGCGGACUCUAUCGUGGAACGCAAAUCAGCCGUCACUGAAACUCAGCCAGAGACAAAAGCACCUAAGAAGACUUCCCGCUUUAAGAGUGCUCGGUCUUCUGAAGCUGUGCCGCCUCCAGCUGUUGUGCCAUCCACUAUGCUUGGUACCAACAUGGCCUCUGCGCCAGUCCGCGAACGGCCAGUCUCAAACCCAGCUCCCACAUUGCCCUUGUUCCCCGCAAAGGCUCAAGAGAAACCGUUCUCAAAACCCAUCAUGUCUGAUAUUAUCUCUGAUGAUACCCCAAGAAGCGAGCCCCGUCCACCUGAAGGCAAAACCCUAGCCGAUACCCUUGUUGAGCGUGAUACUUCUAAAACUAACGCAGUUCCUCCUGAACCAGACGAGCUGGACGAGCAGUUGCAUAUGAAGGAAAUUGCGACGGAGUUCUACAAGAUGAGCAACCGGGUGAUCCACCAAAACGGUGGCUUCCUGGACGAUGAUGAGCCGGAAAUUGUUCCGCUCGAUGAUGCCCCGGAACAACCGACCAAGAAGGUCAGUCGGUUCAUGGCUGCUAGAAUGAAGUGAUGCUUCAUCUGGCGGGCAGUCCCUAUGAUA